AUGCACAACAAGUCCUCGCAAAAGUCUCCGCCCGGAGGCGCAGAGGUCAAUCAUACCCUUCCUUACAUCGCCAGAAGGUCGCGGUCUCGUCCUUCUUCAUCAAAAUUUAGCAGCCACCAGCAACGUGCUCUGGGUCAGGACUCGGACGAGGACGCCACAACCAUCCAAAUGGACCAGUACGAGCUAGGUCAACGGCCGAGCAAGCGGUAUGCAGACGCCGUUGAAGAUGACGAUGACGAGCAUGAGCAAGGCGAGAAUGCUCUUAUGCUCGGACCCGCGUCAGCGUCGGGAGCAGGUGCGGAUGAAGAGGCAUACGAGCUAGGCCGCAGCAAGUCAAGACAUCGUGCUGGCCGCAGACAUGUCUCGACAGGUUCGAUAUCUGAAAAGUAUGAUCCUGAUGAUCCUAUGCACCUUGUCAGCAAGGCGGUGCCCGAGCAUGACGACCCCACCCUUCCGGCACUAACGUGGAGAGCACUUGUUAUCGGUACCUUUUUCUGUAUCAUCGGUGCUGCGAUAGCACAACUCUUCUUCUACAAGUCCAACUCGCCUUCUUUCAGCAGCUACUUUGUUAUCUUGACGUCCCUGCCAAUGGGCCGAUGGCUAGCAAAUCGUCUACCAGAACGAACGAUUCGAGUCGCCAAGUGGUCAGUGCAGCUUAACCCGGGACCGUUCAGCAUCAAGGAGCACAUGCUUGUCGCCAUCAUCGCCUCUUCCGGCGCCACAUCAGCCUACGCCAGUGAUAUUAUCAACAUCCAGGAACUCUUCUACCAUCAGCACAUGAAUUGGCUUUCGUCCUUGACCCUUCUCAUCACUACCCAGGUGCUUGGCUUUGGUUUUGCUGGGAUGGUGACCAAUUUGCUCGUCAAGCCGACUUCAAUGAUCUGGCCCAGCACCCUCGUUACUACUUCACUCUUCCACACACUACACGACAAGGAGGCACCCAAUACCCGCGCUCGACUCCGCCUCUUCGCAUUCGCCUUUGUCGGAAUCUACAUGUAUCAAUUCCUGCCAGCCUUGAUCGCACCCACCUUGUCCAGCGUAGCGAUGCUCUGCUUGGUCGACAACAAGAUCCCAGCCUUCCGAUUCCUCAGCUCUGGCUACCAUGGUCUCGGCUUCCUCAAUCUCACUUUUGACUGGAACGCAGCUGGUAUGAGCGGACCGUUCUACCAGCCAUGGUGGGCAGCGCUCAACUUCUUUGCUGGAUUCGCAGGCAUGAUGUACAUCGUCAUGCCUAUCCUCUAUUGGGGCUUUAACUUUUGGAAUGCUCAGGACUUCCCCGAAAUCCUCAGCGCUGGGCUGUACGACAAGGAGCACAAGAAGUUCGCAGUCGAUACACUGCUCAAUAAGGACAACACCCUCAAUGCAAACGCGUGGGUAGAGCAGAAACCUAUGCUCCUCACACCGUACUUUGCGCUCUCGUACGGUCUUGGCUUUGCAACCCUGACAAGCACUGUCACUCACGUCUUGCUGUGGCACUGGAAGGACAUUAAGAAGGCUGCCAGCAAUGCCGUCCACGAUGAUGUGCAUAAUCGCCUAAUGCGAGCCUACGAACCUGUCCCUCGCAAAUGGUACGCCACCACCUUUGCGCUCUCUACUACAGCCUCCAUUAUGCUGGUUGUGUUGACGCCAGCAUUGCAGUUGCCAGUGUGGGCCCUCCUGCUUGCCAUCUUCAUGGGCCUCCUCUUCAUUGCUCCUCUUGGCAUCCUCAGAGCGGUCUCGGAUACAGGUGUUGGUCUCAACAUCAUCUCUGAGUUUGUCAUCGGAUACAUCAUGCCGGGCAACCCGAUCGGUAACAUCUUGUUCAAGACUAUGGCAUACAUGUCCCUCAACCAAGCACUUGACUUGGUCAACGAUCUUAAGCUCGGUCACUACAUCAAGAUUCCGCCCAAGCACAUGUUCGUUACACAGCUGUGGGGAACCAUGGUAGGAUGCGUGGUCAAUUUGAUCGUCGUCAACAUUGUUCUCGAUCCCGCUUCAGGCUACCGCGCCUUCCUGGAUGGCACAAUUGAAGACCCUUCAGGUCAGUGGGAUGGACGAAAAGUGCACAUCUUCUUCUCAGCUUCUGUCAUUUGGGGUCUUGUCGGACCAGCAGAGUUCUUCUCUGGCGAUUAUCGCAAACUCUACUCUGGCUUCCUCGUUGGUGCGCUUCUGCCGCUCAUUCCAUACUUGCUGUUCAAGAAGUACAAGACAAAGUGGCUGCCAAAGGUCGCCUUUCCCAUCAUUCUGCAUUCGGCCGCCUUGCCUCCAGCUGUGCCGACAAAUGUCAUCAUGACUGGCUUCUUCUUCUCCUGGCUCUCACAGAAGCAUCUCCGCGAAAAGCACCCGGUCUGGUUCGAAAAGUUCAACUACGUCUUCUCAGCAGCGUUGGAUGCCGGUGCAAGUGUCAAUGCUCUAACCAUCUUUGUGCUGACAUUGACACUGCUCAAGUACGCUCCGGUUCCGCAUUGGGCCGCGAACCCUUUGCAAGAUGCCGAACAUUGCAGACCUACAUAG